UAUUUAUCAUUUUUAUUUGAAUAGCUUCUUCAUUUGAUUGAGUUUUUUCCAAGAAAGUUUUAAUAAAGGACACAAAAGAGACUGGUAGAUUGUUGUAUGAGUCAUAAAUUACCCAAACCAUCAUUAUCUGGACAAAGAAUAAAAACUCGCAAAAGAGAUGAAAAGGAGAAAUAUGAGCCAAAUCUUUUCCGAGAUAAUAUUGUAUUCUUUCUCAACCAAUGUGAUGAUCUUGAAAAGGCAUAUAAAUAUUUAGAUGGAGCUGGAUCAAAACUAGACUAUCACAGAUAUGGAGAAACCUUAUUUGACAUUUUGAUCACUGGUGCCAUAUUAGCACCUGGGGGAAGCUUAGUAAUUGAUCCUGAAUUGGGGAUAUGUAAAAUAUCUGUUUUUGAAUAUCCCAAUAAUGAUGAGCAAUACAAAGCUUUGGCACAAUUGUUCAAUAAGAUUAUUAGAAGAUACAAAUACCUUGAAAAGUCUUUGGAGGAUGAUUUGAAGAAGGUUUUGGUGUUUAUCAAAGGAUUUGAUGAGGAGCAAAAGAACAAGCUCUCUAAAUUUAUAGGCGUUCUGCUGGCUAAUAACUUUGUAAGUGCCAAAGUUUUGGAAACCCUCUUUCAAGAUCAUUUAGUCAAAGAUGGUUUGGCCAUAGAAUUCGCCAAAUCCGUCUUCAAAUCGUGGAUUAAUAAAAAGGAAAGCAUUACAAACGUUUCCAACGCCCUCAAAAGAAACAAUUUGGAUGACAAGCUUUUGAACCUGCUCCCUCCAAAUAAAAGGAGUGCGGCUUACUUGGAAGAACACCUAAAAGCUGCGGGCCUUGAAUCGUUGGUCACGCUGCACAGGGCUCAAGUAUGCGAUGAGACCAAGAAAACAUUCAGAGUUCACCUCAAAAAAAUGCUUGGCGAUACGGAUCUAAGUUUCGACGAGAUGGUUGGUAAAUUGAAAAGCCUGCAACAAUCCGGGAAUUUCGAGGAAUCGGAUGUUAUAGUUUUGAUAUGGAACACCCUGAUGAACAUGGUCGAAUGGAACAAGAAGGAGGACUUGAUAGCCGAACAAACUCUCAAGCACCUCAAAGUGCAUGCCCAACUUUUGAAGGCUUUUGUCACUUCCCCCAAAACUGAGGCUACUUUGUUAGCCAGGAUCCAAGAAUAUUGCUACGAUAACAUGAAUUUUAUGAAGGUGUUUCAAAAGAUAGUCAUUACCCUCUACAAAAGUGAUGUCAUAAGUGAAGAAACGAUCAUAGAUUGGUACACCAAGAACCACUCGUCGAAGGGAAAGACAACAUUCCUCGAGCAAAUGAGAUCUUUCGUUCAUUGGUUGCAGAAUGCUGAAGAAGAGAGUGAAAGUGAAUCGGACGAUGAAAUAAUCAAUGCCCUUGCUGACGAUGAAAAUAAAAUUUUAGAUGGAAUACGCGAGAUUACUAUCGAAAAUGGAGCUGUUUGAAAAAUGAUUUAUUUUUUUUGAAAUUAUGUUUUUAUUAAAAAAUUCACAAUUUUUAUUAUAUUUAUAAAUCAUAUUUAAUGUUUAAAAGAUCAACCCUUAUAUAUAUUAUGAUUUAUUUAGCUUAAAAACAUUUUUUUUUAUAUAAUAAUUUUUUUCUUAAUCCAGAACACUAUAAAUUAUAUAACAAUAUUUUAUUUGCAUAAUUUUCUUCAAGCUUAUAUUGAAUUAUGUUUUUGCCUUA